AAAGUAUGAAUAAGUCUAAUAUUUCAAAGAGUAAGGAAUUUAUAGAAAAGGAGAGGAAGUCCCGAGAAGGUCUUCGACUUUCAAUCGAACGAGAGCUUGUUGGUGAUAUGAUAAGGUUGCUAGAUGAUAAGCUAUACUGUGAUAUAACAUUUAUUAUUGACGAUGAUGAUUUUCCUGCACAUGUUGCAAUUUUGUGUGCAAGGGCUCCUGCGUUCAGCCAGAAGUUUCUUCCUCAGCUCCUUACACCAACAGCAGUACAAUCAUGUAUUUACAUUCAGAAUAUAAAACCAGAAGAAUUUUCAGUUUUUUUAAGGUUCGUAAUUCUAGUCAAAAUCGUCAAAAACAUGAAAAAUAUGGAUGUGUUUAGUAUAUCUGUAUUUUCAUGGGUCGUGUGGCAGUUAAGUGCAAUUUACUUGGUAUCCCAUCUGAGCAGAGUUUACUGUUGGGGUCUCCCACUUUGCUUGUAGGUUUUUCCAUGUUCAUUAUCCAUGUUCAUUUUUCCAUUGUUAAUUCCAGUUUAA